ACCUCGUGGAUUUCAACAAUCCUGUGUUUUGUUUUCUAUCGGCAAACGUUUGCCCGUAAUUUAUUCACUUUCCUCAUACAAACUCCAUUUCAACCGGACAGAGAACAGAAAUGCCGUACCGAAGGAAGAAAAUGCACGAUGGAAAUACGCAUCUACGCCGUCGCUGGAGACUACGGUCCCGAAAGAAGGAUUUAGACGAGAUCGAUGCCGAUUUGAAGAAAAAUCCGGAACAGCUACUGCAGCAAGAAAUUGAUUUGGAUAAACCCGGAUUCGCACAGUUCUACUGCAUACAUUGUGCGACGUACUACAUCAACGACCAGGCCAUGCAAGCGCACUUCCGCACGAAGGUACACAAACGGCGCUUGAAGGCGCUCGAAAUCGAACCAUAUACGGUAGAAGAUUCGUUGAGAGCCGCGGGGCACGGUAGCUUUGUCCAGCCGCAAAAACGAAAGAUGGAAACGCAACCGUCACUGCCAGAGGUUGAGGCAGGUAAACGGAUUAAAGUAGAUACCGUCAUGGAAGAUGAAAAACCUGCCAAGCGGGAGCUAUCUAAAGCGAAAAAGUAUACCGACUUUAAGCAAGUGUUGGAAGAAUUGUAAUAAACCGGUUAAAUAAACGAUGAAAAAAAGAGGAUGUUUAUUU